AUGGAUUAUUCUACUAAUGUAACUUAUUUAAUUCUGACAGGACAUGUGGAGUUGGAGAAGUACAGAUAUAUUUAUUUUCUAGUUACACUUGUGGUCUUCCUGAUGACCAUCUGCUGUAACACUGUUGUCAUUUUUGUGAUAUACAUAAAUGAGAGUCUUCAUGAGCCCAUGUACAUUUUCAUCACUGCAUUACUCAUGAAUACUCUGGGUGGAUCAGCUGCUUUUUACCCCAAACUAAUGAGUGAUAUUUUAUCCAACAAUCUAAUUGUCUCCCUUGAUGCUUGUGUAUUUCAGGCAUUUUUCAUUUACACUUAUGCCAUGUCGGAGUUCAUGUUGUUGUCAGCUAUGGCCUAUGACAGGUAUGUUUCUAUUUGUAAACCUCUACAAUAUGCUUCUAUUGUAAAAAUGUCUACUGUGAAAAAGCUGAUAUUUUUGAGUUGCUUUGUUCCUAGUUGUGAAAAUGGUAUAGCUAUGCUAUUAAUAUAUCAGUUUAAACUUUGCAAUUUUAAAUUAAAUAGAAUAUACUGUAGCAAUUCUGCAAUUGCUAAACUGAGCUGUGGAGACAUUUAUGCUUAUAAUUCUUAUGGACUGUUCAUUUUCGUCAUCGCUGUAUUUCCACAAGUGAUUUUUAUAAUCUACUCAUAUAUCAGGAUAAUUGCUGUCUGUUUAAAGAAUUCAAAAGAUUUCAGAAGAAAAGCUCUACAGACCUGUUUACCACAUCUUUUAAUUUUCACAAGUUUUGCUGUCACUUCAUGUUUUGAAGUUAUAAACAGUAGAUUAGAAGGAAAAAUGGCUCACAUUAUUACCAUGAUCAUGUCAGUGGAAAAUCUGGUUAUUCCUCCUCUGUUAAAUCCCAUUAUAUAUGGACUGAAAUUGAAGGAAAUUUUUAAUAGAAUUAAAAGAAUCACUGGGAAGCAACAGGAACACUGA